AUGAGCUAUCAACAAUUUCUCCAGUCGACUGGGAACUUGAAUGCCAACCUCAAGACAACCUCUCCUGGUUCAAUCCACCGUAAACCUGCAAAUGCUCCGAGUCCAUCCGUGGCGCCCUCUGGCUCAUCCUCCUUUCACGCCAGCGUCACUCAGAAUACGCCCCCGAACUCCUCGAAAGCUCCAUUCACGCCCGCCUCCUCGACGAACUCGCCUGCCCGUACAACCGCACCUAUUACGUUACCUCCCUACAGCCAUCCAGCUCGCACACCUUUGACAAAGACCCAUAUUGACGCUGCCCUGAAAGUAUGUCUCGAACUGCAAAAGACUGCAACGUCACUACACGAGAAGCGUCCUUUUGCAGCCCUUCUGCUAGCACCCGAUAACACCACAAUCCUCUUGACCCAUUACUCAAUCUCCCAUGUCCAGCAUGCUGAGACCGAACUAGCACGCUUGGCUGCAAUUCACUUCUCACAAAAGUACCUCGCUGCAUGUACACUGGUGUCCACCUGGGAGCCUUGCGCCAUGUGUACCGGAACGUUGUACUGGAGCAACAUAGGACGGCUCGUCUAUGCAGCUAGUGAGUCAAAAUUGAAUGAUUUGACGGGUGGAAACAAUGAUGAGAACAUGACAAUGUCGCUCCCCUGCCGGGAUGUGUUGAAGGCCGGGCAAAAAGAUGUCGAAGUGAUAGGACCAGUCAGUGAAUGGGAGGAGAAGGUGGUGGAGGAAAGCAGCAAAUGGUGGAAAACACAUCAGUUGAGAGAAUCGGAGGACAGGGCUCGAGAAGGCAGUGUGACUGGGAGCGAGAAACCCGGAAGUCUGUCAAGUAUGCGCCAGGGUACACCGACGACCUGGACUGGGGAAGAUAGUGUGCUGAGCAGCAUCAACGACGAGGGUGAAUACAAAGCCGAGUUGGAUAUUGAUUGGAUGAGAUAG